CCGUAUCUAAAAGUAAACAAAGCCUGGGGCUAGUCACGUGAUUGGACCUAGUUGAACUUCCGGUAGAACGUGAACGGUGUGUUAAUAGUCGAUGCGAAAGACCUCGUGUGUAUCAGUCACAAUCAUUUCUGUUCCGAAAAAUGUCCAGCGAAUAUUAUAAAGGUUUAGAUGAAUUAAGCAGGUAUAGGUAUAAGCAAAAAUUAAUGUUUAACAAGCAAGAACUGCCCGAUCCAAUGGACGACGAUUUAGCAAAAAUGUUAUUUCACGAUAACGUGAAAGCAUGGCCUAAGAUCACGUUAGUAGAUCUCUAUGCCUACUUUGUAGACCAGCUCUGCUUUUACACAAAACAACAACUGAAAAAUUAUACUUCACUUGAGAGUUAUAAUUACCUAGUGAGUGGAAAGGUGAAAGAAAUCACUGUUUACCCGUUGACGGAUCUGAAGAUUUGCAUGUUAAAAGGAAAAAUACAGUCUGGGCAGAAGAAGACGUUUCAACAUCCCUGGGCAGUGGUGCAAAUUAAUGGAGUUAUUGUAAGCGGUCACUGCACAUGUAUGGCUGGUCUUGGUGAAAGUUGCAGCCACCUUGGUGCAUUACUUUUAACAAUAGAAGCAACAGUGAAAGCUAAUGAAGAAACUCCAUGCACUUCUCUUCCAUGUUCAUGGAAGAAAUUUAACAGAGAGGUUGAACCAAGCCAAAUUUCAAAUAUUUGUUUUUCAAAAUCAAAGCAUAAUAAUCCAUUCCUACCAAACAAAAAACAAAAAACAGACAUGUUAUCACAUCCUCCAACUCCAACACUGUUAGAUCAGAAAUUUUUUCUGGAAUCUCUGAAGGUAAUUAUAUAUUUACAAAAUAUAACUAAUGUCUUUAUAACUUUAUCAGUUAUGAUUGUUACUAAAGAUAGAUUUAUGUUGUUGUUCAUGAAUCAGGCCACUGGUAAAAAAACAUCAAUCAUGGAAGUCACUCUGUCUGAAAGUGAUGAAACAGAAACAGCCAGCGAAUCAGAAUUUGACUUAGCACCAAACGAACAGUCACCUGAACCAUCAAUUAUUCAUAAAGUUCUGUGUUUCAAGGAUGUUUCAUUAUCACGUACUGAACUUGAAAACAAACUCAUCAACGAAAUCAAGUUAACAAAACAGGAUAUUCAGUUAGUGGAAUCUCAAACUAGAGAUCAAGCAAAUGAGGAUUUGUGGUGGAAGUAUCGAAAAGGAAGAUUAACUGCAUCUCUGUUUGGUCGCAUUCUUAGAUGUAAAACUGCACACAAAAGCAUUGUAAAAGAUGUAAUGCAGUAUCAAGAGGAACCACAUGCCAACAGCAUUGAAUGGGGGAAGAAGAAUGAGUCAGUAGCAAAAAGCUUAUUUGUACAAAGAAUGUUACCACUGCACUCAAAUUUUCAACUUAGCAGUACUGGUCUGUUUAUUGAUGAGGCACAGUCAUUUCUUGCAGCAACACCAGAUGGUCUUGUUACAUGCGACUGUUGUAGUUCAGCACUAUUAGAAAUAAAGUGCUUAUAUUCUAAGAGGCAUUUAAGUGUCAGAGAAGCUAAGCCAGAAUUUCUAGAUGAAAAUUUGCAACUUCGUGAAGAACAUGAAUAUUACACACAAAUACAAGGACAGAUGGGGAUUGCAAAAGUCAAGGAGUGUUUUUUUGUAUGUUACAGUGCUAAUGAUGUACAUAUACAAAAAAUUAAUUUUAACCUGGUUUUCUGGCAACAUGCAGUGCAAAAACUCUCAUCAUUUUAUUUCAAUUACAUAGUAACUGAAAUAUUUUCAGAAUCUGUUAAAAAAGAAUUGUUGUUAGUUAGAAACACCUGUUUAUGUAAUGGAAUGAAAUCAGGAACUGUGAUUUUGUGUAGUAUGUGCAAAUAUGCUUUUCAUAUUAAGUGUGUAAAUUUGUCUAGAACAAAACAAAAUUGGAAGUGUGAAUCAUGCAACAGCAAAUAAAUAAAUGAACAAAUAAAAAUCAAACCUUUUUUUAUUUAUUUAAUCAGUGGAGGUUUUAAAUUGCACAAAGCUGCAACAACUGUUAAUAUUUUGUCAAUUGUUGCCAUAUCAGCAUCACUUUCUCGUUUGAUCAAUGAAAUCGGCAUCGUUGUUGAAAGUAUUCUAUAAUUUUUCAUUCUUCCAAUAGCUCGUUCAAC